UUCUACAGCUCUCCGAAGUGAUCUCUGUUAAUCUGUGUACCAGCAUACCUCAGUCGACACCCCACAUCGAAGCCCUUCGGUUCAUCUAUAUUCUGAUGGAAUGUCCUGUGUUCAGUAACCAUCACCGCCCCUGGGGGCGCCGUGCCCUGGCCGCUGCAGACAGGUUGAUAGGGUUUCUUCACAUGGCAUCGAAGGCCGGGGAAAAGAAACCCAAUUCGGCAACACCUGCUCGUUGGUGGAAGUUCGAACCGAUGUCCUUUCGACGUACAAUCAUGGCUUACCGACGGUCCCUCACAAUCCUAUUCCACGACAGAGUGCUAUUGGAGAAGGAACUGGCAAACUUUUGGACCUACCUGAGAAUUCUCAGCUCCUUGAAUGAGAUUAAUCUACAGCAUGACAUCCUUUCCAUUAAGACGUUCUACAUCCCUAAUUUAGACAAAGUCUGGAGACGUCCACACCAACCGUUGCAGAAAUUAUCCUGGGCGUCGUAUCCAUUCCUCAUUGAUCUGGAGAUGAAAACAAAGAUGCUUGAAUCCCAUAACAUAAGUGAACAAGAUAAUGCCAUGGAACAAGCAACAAGGCAAGAUCCAAUGUUUGGAUUAUGUUAUCUCUUGGGGAUUACUGUACCAAGUCCGCGUCUUUUCCUUAACGUAAACCGGGAUGACAUCUUCGGGAGGAGUGUCCGGGAGCAGUUAACCGAGAUGCUGACCUUCCCGAGGUCCUGGUUUCAAAUACCUCUCAGGAUCCGAUUCAUGGGUGAAAUGGGUAUUGACGCGGGGGCUCUAAGUAUGGAUUUUUUCCGGCUUGUCUUUGAAGAACUUUUCGAUCCGGGAAAGAACGGUCUUUUCCGAUAUGUCGACGAACUCGACCCGACUCACUCGCCUGUCUGGUUUCGGAAGGACUGUGAGGACUCCAAACUAGCCGAGAUAUGUGGUCUUCUGUGUGGGUUUUCAUUGCACAACAAGGCAAUAGUUCCAUUACCGUUCCCACAACUCCUCUACGCCAAGCUUCUAGGAAAGGGCCCUAAUAGUGAUAUGGAGGAAGUGGCAGAGCUCGACAAGGAGUUCGCAGAUCAGAUGUCUAAAUUGCGGACUGGAACAGAAGAUUACGUGAUGGGGUGUUGCUAUGGUGAAAAGGUGGAGCUGAAGAAUGGGAGGAGCGUCGAUGUCACGAAAGAAAAUGUACAUCUCUACGUGGACAAUAUGGUUCGAGAUUACCUGGUUCCGUCACAGUUUGCAGCCUUCCAGCGAGGAUUCAACAGAGUCUUCAAUCCCGCCGCCUUUGAUAUGUUCAGACCUAUCGAGCUGGAAGCGCUUGUCAUGGGAGAGAAACACUUCGAUUGGAAAGCUCUUGAGCAGUCGACCCAGUAUAAACAGCCAUAUACAGACUCACACCCAACCAUCAAAAUGUUCUGGACGGUAUUUCACGCUCUAGACAAUGACAUGAAAAGAAAGUUUCUUGUAUUUGUCGCUGGGUCUGAUCGCGUCCCGGUUGGUGGACUACGAAACCUAGGACUCCACAUCGACCACCUCCAGGUACCCAUGGACGAUUCCUUGGACGAGCAACCGUGCGACACCGAAGACAGACUCACCCGGCUGCUGCCAGUGGGCCAUGGCUGCGAUAACCAUGGCUCCCGCCGUACCUUACGGCUGCCUAUGUAUACUAUCCUUGAACUCAUGGAAGAUCGUUUGACCGUCGCCCUGUCCUAUUAUGACUGCCCAUUUCAUAUCGCUUAG